UUAACCAUAAAUUGCAAUUUCGUUACUGAUUGCCGGGUUUAGCUUAAAAAUUAAUCAAUAACUUUUUUUUUCAUAUUAUCUUUGGCUUUAUUCCAUAAAUAUGACAGCCUUCGAAGAAUUUGGUGUACUCCCUGAAAUCGCUAAAGCUGUAGAUGAAAUGGAGUGGAAUUUGCCAACAGAUGUUCAAGCCGAAGCAAUACCACUUAUAUUAGGUGGAGGCGAUGUUUUAAUGGCCGCUGAAACUGGAUCUGGGAAAACUGGAGCAUUUUGUUUACCAAUUGUGCAAAUAGCAUGGGAAACUAUACGCGAUAUAAUGGAAGGAAAGGAAACAAAAUCAAAUUCGCAAGGUGCUAUAGUACCGUGGACUAUGUCAUUUUUUGAUCGAAGUAGUGCUUUAGCUGUAACGCCAGAUGGGUUGAGAUGUCAAUCUAGAGAAUUCAAGGAAUGGCAUGGAUGCCGUUCUACCACUGGAGUUCAGGGAUCUGGAAAAUAUUAUUUUGAGUCUGUUGUUACAGAUGAAGGCCUUUGCCGUGUUGGCUGGGCUACUACACAAGCUAAAUUGGAUUUGGGAACUUGUAAAUACGGUUUUGGAUUUGGAGGUACAGGGAAAAAAUCCAACAACAAACAAUUUGAUGAUUAUGGAGAAGCUUUUGGUAUGCAAGAUGCCAUUGGAUGUUGUCUAGACUUAGACAAUUUUGAAAUCCGAUAUACAAAAAACGGUGUUGAUUUAGGUACAGCCUUUCGUAUUGAAAGAAAUUUACAAAAGGAAGCUUUUUAUCCAGCUGUUGUUUUAAAAAAUGCUGAGAUGUCAUUCAAUUUCGGAAAGACUGAAUUUAAAUAUCCUCCCCCAAAAGGUUACGUGGCUAUUUGUAACGGUGAGCAACGAAACGUGAAAAUAAAUCCACUUGCUUCAUCGACUGCCAAAAGUGAAGACAAUAAAAUCAAGCCAAAUGCUCCUCAAGCAAUUAUUAUUGAACCAAGUCGUGAAUUAGCUGAACAAACUUGCAAUCAAAUAACUAAAUUUAAGAAACAUUUGAAGGAUCCUGCUUUGAAAGAAUUAUUACUAAUCGGUGGAGUAAAUGUAAAAGACCAAUUGGCACAACUGCAAUCUGGAGUAGAUAUAAUUGUUGCGACUCCUGGACGUUUAGAAGAUCUUAUAGGAGGGGGGCAUGUUUCAUUAACGCAUUGUCGAUUUUUCGUUUUAGAUGAAGCUGACGGGCUUUUAAAGCAAGGUUAUACAGACUUGAUUGAUAGGCUACAUAAACAAAUCCCAAAAAUUACAUCUGAUGGUCGACGUCUUCAAAUGAUUGUAUGUUCUGCAACAUUACAUAGUUUCGAAGUAAAAAAAUUAGCUGAAAGAUUAAUGUAUUUCCCUACUUGGGUUGAUUUGAAAGGUGAAGAUGCUGUUCCAGAAACUGUACAUCAUGUGGUAGUAAAAGUUGAUCCACAAGUUGAUUUGCUUUGGCAAAAUCUUCGUCAGCAUGUUCAAACAGAUGGAGUACAUGCAAAAGAUGAUGUUCGUCCUGGGGUAAGAACACCAGAAGCUUUCUCUGAGGCAGUGAAAUUGCUUAAAGGCGAAUAUUGUAUUCGUGCAAUUGAAGAACAUAAAAUGGAUAGAGCCAUUAUAUUUUGCAGGACGAAAUUAGAUUGCGAUAAUUUAGAAAGAUAUCUUAAGCAACGUGGUGGUAACAAAUAUUCUUGUGUAUGCUUGCAUGGUGAUCGUAAACCGAAUGAAAGAAAGGCUAAUUUAGAGAAAUUUAAAAGAAAAGAAGUGAAAUUUUUGAUAUGCACCGAUGUUGCAGCUAGAGGUUUAGAUAUUACUGGAUUACCCUAUAUGAUUAAUAUAACUUUGCCAGAUGAAAAAUCCAAUUAUGUGCAUCGUAUAGGUCGUGUUGGUCGUGCUGAACGUAUGGGUCUUGCUAUAAGUUUCGUUUCGACAGUACCAGAAAAGGUUUGGUAUCAUGGAGAAUGGUGUGCUUCACGUGGUCGUAAUUGUUGGAACACAAAUUUAACUGACAACGGCGGUUGUUGUAUUUGGUAUAAAGAAAAAAAUUAUUUAGCUGAUAUUGAAGAACAUUUAAAUGUCACUAUUCAACAAGUUGAUACUGAUAUUAAGGUUCCGGCAAAUGAAUUUGAUGGAAAAGUGGUAUAUGGACAAAAACUAUCAAAUAAUCAAUCAAAUUAUCAAACUCACGUAGAUCAAUUGAAACCAGCUGUCAUGAAAUUAAGUGAAUUGGAAUUGAAAGCGCAAACUCUUUUCCUUAAACAUGCAGGCUUUUAAGGAAAGAAGAUUACUGGGAUCUCAUAAAAAUUGUAAUUUUAAUUUUUUCAUAUAUCAUUAAAUUUUAGCUAACCGGCAGAAGAUCCAAAAAAAAAUUUAUUUCUUUCUAUUUAUUUCUCUCCUACUAAACAAUUUGGUUAUAUAAACGGGGGAUUUGUUAGACCGAAUUCGG